UGAAUAUUCAUUGGACUGGAGUUUUAGACGCGAAAUUUGAACAUUUUCUAAGUUGCUUCAGCAGCUGGCGCCAUUUAAGUGUCAGGGAGGACGGGGACGGAAGCAUCUGGUAUGCGGGCACCGAGCUCUUGGGCGUCUAGGCGGCAUCGGACGGUUUUAAUAGGAAAGGGAUUUUAUUAAGCCUCGUUCAUAUGAAGCGCUGAGGGCAGCAGUCUGGGAUCUGUAGUGCGAGUCUGGCACGGAAGGAAGCGCGGGGGGUUGGUCUCUGUACAUUACUGUAACAAGAUCUGAAGAUGAAGUGUGGGUAUAAGACUCCAACAAAGUUAUCACCAUCCAAGUUCAAACAGGAAGUAAGCCCAACCAAGCAUGAUCUUGUGAGCCCAACCAAGCAUGAUCUUGUGAGCCCAACCAAGCAUGAUCUUGUGAGCCCAACCAAGCAUGAUCUCGAACCUUGCAAAGAGCAGGAGCUCUCCCCGAAAGCGGGGUAUUCGGACUCCAGUGUAGAACAUUUGUCUCCUAGUCGAGUGACUAUCAUUGAAGAAAACAGACCAGUAAAUAACAAGGAAAAUCUUCUGCGUAGGCUAAGUGCUGUUGAAAACAAUGACUUGGAAUGUAGUCCUCUUCAGGACAGUGGGUAUUCUUCAAUACUUCUCAAUGACUCCCAGAGCCAAGAUGAGGAGGAUUUUAGCAGUAGAAUUACUUCGGUUGCUUUGUUUGAGACACCAAAGCAGACAACAUCACAGGAAAAAGCUGCUCCAGUACAUCCGAAUACUCGCUCCUUACCAGUGCUCCGUUUUGAGGAGGCUGUGUGUUCUACUUUGAAGAAAGGUUUAAGAAGUCGUCCUAAGGUUGUGUUUGACACUGUUGAAGAACUAGUUUCCCGUGAAGCCUUUGGCCUCAAUAAUCUAAUUGGCAAAAAAAUGGGAUUAGAAAGAAUGGACAUUCUUGGGGAGCUUUUCUUAAGAGACUUUAAACAUCUGAUCAGCAAAAUCUUCAGACAUCUUAGUGCGAUUGAUUUAAUCAAUGUCAUCAGCGUAAGCACAACUUGGAGAAAGGCCCUGCAGGAAGACAAAUUGACAUAUAGUAUUUAUGAACAGUGUCAUAAAGAAAUUUGUGAAAGGGAGGCAAGGAAGACAGAACAUACUGCUACACGAGACUCUUCUCAGUUGCGAAUACCCCUCUACACAGUACAGAAAGUAGCUAGUGCUGCUUGCUGCAUUUCCAAGAAGAAAAAUAUAAAAAAGAACAAGCCUUAUUCCUCAAACAGCCGUUACUCCGAGUUUACUGAGGUUGGGAAAAGUCUUAUUAAUGACCAAAGCCUUAAAGUGUGCAGAGACUGUGGGUCCCCUGCAAAGUACGACUCCUAUCAACACAGAGCAAUUUGUACUAGAGAAAGUUGUCAGCUGGACUUCUGCACGCUUUGCAAUUGUAAAUUCCAUUUUUCCAAAGAUUGUACAACCAGCAGACCUCAAAGCCACAGAUCCUUAUCAGAACCGCUUCCAGGGAGUAGAAAGAGCAAACAGAAUUUGCGAAGGCUAUAACUUUUAGGAAAAUGGACUGAUCAAAUAUUGCCUGUGAUCACAACAAAAUCUAACCUUUUUUAUUUGAAAUAGAAAAACAUAUAUUUUAUACUCUCUGUAAAAAGGGGUAAUUGAAGUGACUUGGUGUUCAUUGGGAAACUGAGGACUUUUACUGGUGCAUAGUGUAAGCAACACACACAAUGCCAAUCCUGUUAUCACUUGGUCUACAAACUUUAUAGUCCUGGUAAUUGUAGAAUGUAUAUUUCUUACAAUUCUUAUUGCAAAAUACUAAAUCCUAUUAUGUUGUGAGCUGCCUUGACGGUCUGCUUCUUUUAGCCAGUUACCUUUGCCAAGAGGGUUUUCCCUAGUAGAAAAAUAUCUGGGAGAAGCAGUCUAAAGCUGGACUUACACAUAAUAUUAAACCAUAACCAGGAUGGGGCCCAAAAUACAGGGGGAAAAAUGCAAAUGUUUACAUGAGUUUUCUUAGUUUCAUUUCUGGUUUUGGCUACAAAUACUGUCCAAAAAAAUAGUAUUUGAACCCAGCCUAUGUGUUGGGCAUCUUAUGCAGCCAAACUUAUGUUCUAAAAGUAGUAUAGUUGUAGUUUUUGGAAUUUGUUGGUUUUAUCCCACAUAUGCAGAAAAUGUCUGUUUUCAGUUUCCCUAUCACACUUUUCAGUGACGCACUCACUUUUUAUUUUUUAUUGAUCUUAAAGUUGUAUCUUUUCCUCCAGUGUUUUUAUUGUGACGAAAAAGAGUACUUUGUAAUGUUUAUGUCCCAGUGUUAGUUUUAAGACACAUUUCAAAGUUUUUACAAGGUUAUUUUAAGGUUUGCGUUGUGACAAUUUUUCAAUUAACUCUUGUAAAUAUCUGUAAAUAUCCAAAUGUAAUGUUCUUAUUUGUAUAUAUUUUUACUUGUGCAAUAUUUAUUUGCACUAGA